AUGGGGGGAUUCAAUAACGUUGUGUUCUCUCGAAAUCACUACAUGCCACAUUACGCUGCUCCCUUUCGAAUAGAGCGUGUUACAGUACUAUUGAAAGAUAAAGAAACCACAGCGACGAUCUAUCCGAUAUUUGAUCUGGAAGGACUUCCCGAUAACUUGCUUCUCUUUUUGACACAAGAAUACAACGAUGAGAUAUCACGCGGAGAUACACAGCCGUUCUUUGAUCCACUUACCGUUGAAGAAUUCCGAGAUUAUUGGUUCGGUCAGUUCGCAGCAGUCAUGGUUCUUGGUGAUAGUUCUCGCUUGGACGAGAAUGUCGAUGUGAAGCAAUGGGCAACUAAGUGUUUGGGAACAAUGUUUAUCAAAUCCAGCUAUCCUGGGCGAUCUGCUCACGUUUGUACCGGUAACUUUCUAGUGAAUGCCGGUAUUCGCAGAAGAGGUAUCGGUACUACGUUGACCGAGUGCUUUCUCACGUGGGCUCCACGGUUGGGAUAUAGUUAUUCGAUGAUUGAAUUAAUAUUUGAGACGAAUAUUGCUGCCAAAAAAGUAUUGGAGAGGCUCCAUUUCAGUAAAGUAGGCUGUGUUAAGGGCUGUGGAUUGUUGAAGAGUACCAAGGACUCACUGAUUGAUGCCAUUACAUACGGAAGGGAGCUUCAACUCAAACAGGAGGAAGAUUCUGGGUCGACUAAGCAUGAAUACAUUAAGAAUUAUCUUACAUCAGGGCAGUAUCCUGAGAGUGCUACUCGUCAGGAGAAGUCCAGGCUUCGUGCAUUGGCUUACCAUUACACAGUUCAGGACGACAAGUUAUAUCUGAAAGACAAGGAGGUGAUUUCCAAUGUGACUGAACAGUAUCGCAUAGCUCGUAGAGUGCACAUGCAGUCUCAUCUUGGCAUUAAUAAGACCACUUCGUUGAUUUGCGAGCAUUAUCAUUGGCCCAAAGUGAAAGAGACUGUUUCCAACGUUAUAAAGCAUUGUCCUGAGUGUAAAGAUCCGGCUAGAGUGUCUAUGCUUCGCUCGCAAAUUCUUCCUAGUAGAUCCAACGCUGUUCAUAUGAACUCCAAAGCAGCACAUCAGCCGCUACACUCAUUUCCCUCUCUUAAUUCCGCCGGUGCUCGACCUGUGCGUGCCCCUCCUCCUUCGAUAGCUACCAUUCAGUUAGUAAAUCCUGAGGAUGGAACUACCACGACGCAAACUACAGCUUUCCCAGACAUUUAUAGGAAUUCUGCUACUGAUAACACUACUGUUUACGAUCGAUUAUCAGAGGUCGUAUCAGAUGAAGGUCUCCAGCCACAAACACAACCACAGCCGCAGCAACAGCUACAGCAACAACAACGACAACAACAACAGCAACCCUCCGAUGGCCGUGCGAUCGACGGUGAGCCACUACAACAGCAUCAGCAUAAUAAAUCUGUGGAUUCAUUGGCAUUUAUUCCAUAUUACCUUUCGGAUACCUAG